AUGCCCGGGUCGGGCUGGAAACACCGCGUCCGUCAGGCGGCCAAAGCAGCGCUGGGUGGCGUGGGCACCCCCACACUGCUCACCCGCGCGGUCGCCGGAACGAAGAACGUAGGUGCAGGGACCAGUACCCCCACCCCUCUGACGCCCAGCGUACCACUCACGAAGCUGCUGAGGCGAAGGGAUGUCCCGCGAGCGCUGCUACUGCUGCCGCUGCGAGCGCUGGCCACCACCACCGCCGCUACGCUGCUGGGUACCUCGACCAGCUCCACCUCCUCCACCACCACCGCCUCCUCCGCUGCCGCCUCCACCGCCUCCACCUCCGCCGCCUCCACCUCCGCCGCUGCCUCCACCACCACUGCUGCCACCACCACCACCGUCUCCGCCGCUGCUGCCACUACCACCACCACCCCCGCCACUAGUCCCGCCGCCACCCCCACUCCCUCCGCCGCCACCGCCGCCACCGCCACCGCCCCCUCCAGCUCCACCCGCACCCUUGCCUCCCUUGCCCUUGCUGGAGCGACGUCUCCCACUAGGGGCAGACGCCGCGCCGACCGACUCAAGACCAAGCAGGUCGGCAGCAGCAGCAGAGGCAACAGAGGGCAGCAAGUGGGAAGGAGAGCACCCCUCAAAGACGGGGGUGCGAGGGUCACCACGAGAAGCACCUACAGCGACUAUGCUCUUCUCCGCUGCGAGGAGGGCCUUCUCGAGGAGGUCGACGGUGAGGGUGGUGGGACAGACUGCGAGAAAGUGGUCCGCAGGGCAGGAAGUGCAGCUCUGCAGAAAGGCGGCUCGGCUCCCGGGCGGCUCGGCGGCAGGGCGGCUCGGGUGCAGGGCGGCUCGGCUCCCGGGCGGCUCGGCGGCAGGGGGGCUCGAGUGCAGGGCGGCUCGGCUCCCGGGCGGCUCGGCGGCAGGGCGGCUCGGGUGCAGGGCGGCUCGGCUCCCGGGCGGCUCGGCGACAGGGCGGCUCGGGCGCAGGGCGGCUCGGCUGCACUGCUGCCCGACUGCUGCAGGUGGGGCGGCGGGGCCGCGUGA